AACACGAUGACAUCUUCGAGGUUCGCUCUGUACCUGACUUAUCUAUUCCUGGGAACCACAGCUCAGAUGACCACUGUGGGAUCGUUCAUACAUGUGAUUCAAGACAGUGGUUUUUAUUCGGCAGAUGUUGGCGACAGCUUGACUUUGCAAUGUUCCUACAAAGGUAUCGCAGUGAUCUUUUACUGGUACAAACAAACUUUGGGACAGAAACCAAUGCUGGUAUCCACACUCCAUAAACAUAAAAAAAAUGGCACCUUUCAUAACGAAUUCAAGAAAAAUCCUCGUUUCACACUCGACACAGAAAACGGUAAAAACCACUUGACACUCUCUGAUUUACACAUUUCAGACUCGGCUACUUACUACUGUGCAGGUUAUCAUAUGUAUGAUUUUGAAUUUGUAGAGGGCGCUACUGUCAGUGUAAAGGGUUCAGGUUUGAGCGUCCCAGUUCUGGUCCAUCAGUCAGCAUCUGAGACCAUCCAGCCAGGAGGCUCUGUGACUCUGAACUGUACAGUUCACACUGGGACCUGUGAUGGGCAACACAGUGUGUACUGGUUCAAAGACUCUGAAGAGUCUCAUCCAGGACUCAUUUACACCCACGGAGACAGGAACGAUCAAUGUGAGAGGAAACCCAGCACACAAACACACACCUGUUUCUACAACCUGCCGAUGACUCUGUCUGAUGCUGGGACCUACUACUGUGCUGUUGCCUCGUGUGGACGCGUGCUGUUUGGAGACGGGACCAAGCUGGACUUUGAGGAGGAAGUCUCCUCUUUUGUCUUGGUGUAUUUCUUGAGUGGAGCUCUGGCAUUCUCCACCAUCCUGAGUUUCUUACUGGCAUACGCAGCUUUUACAAUGAACAACAGAAACCGCUGCCAAUGUACAGAAUCAAGACCUUCAGCUACCUUGACUCUAAAUGCAGUGGGUUACCAAGAUUCCGACAACCUCCAUUACGUCGCUUUAAGGGGACACAAGGUCAACAGAUCAACAAGACAGAGGGAGGACACAACAAGUGAAUGUGUGUACUCCAGUGUAAGGCCAUAGAGCUGGGAAUAUUUCAUGUCUAUGUCAUUUCUGUUCAAGAGGAAUGUGUCUAUCAAGCUAUACAAUGUCUAUUAUUCUGAGAUAGGAUCCUUUUACUUGCAGUAAACUAA